AGCAUCCUCCCUAGCCUCCGGACAUGACGUAAGCGCUUGCGCACUGGACCCAGAAUGUCUUCUGGGACUUACCUAGUAGGUCGUGCGUCCGCCUGGGGUCAAAAUGGCAAGCAGGCCUGCUGUUUCAGCAUCAGGCCGGUGGCUAGAGGGUAUUCGAAAGUGGUAUUACAAUGCUGCAGGGUUUAAUAAGCUGGGGUUAAUGAGAGAUGAUACAAUAUAUGAGGAUGAUGAUGUGAAAGAAGCCAUAAGGCGGCUUCCUGAGAACCUUUACAAUGACAGGAUGUUCCGCAUUAAAAGAGCACUGGACCUUUCCAUGAGGCAGCAAAUCCUGCCUAAAGAGCAGUGGACAAAAUAUGAGGAGGAUAAAUUCUACCUUGAACCUUAUUUGAAAGAGGUUAUUCGGGAAAGAAAAGAGAGAGAAGAAUGGGAAAAGAAAUAAUCGUAGUUGAAAUCUGGUUGCAGCUGUCCUCAAAGUAUUUUUAUGAAGUUGGUUAAAUGUGAAAUGUACAGAUUUAGAACUAUUCAGGCUACAAGUAUAUUAAGUUCAAACAAAUGUCCAUUGUAAUUAUUGGAAUUUCUGAAUUCUGAACCUUAUUCUGAAUAAAAACUGAAUUUAACUUACCUGUUAAAAUUCA